AUGGACGUGGGAACAAUCAUGGUGCGGCCGGGGUCCCAGCCCGCACCGCCCGCGGCGCCGCCCAUCGCGGAGGCAAACAAACUGGGGCUGCUGCUGCUACUGUCGUGGUCGCUGCUUGGCGCGCUCCUCGUGCCCGCCGUCGUCCUCAGCAUGCUGUACCUGCGCAGCCGAAUCUGGGCGGCCCUGGCAGCGGCCAGAGCGCGCCCCGUCGUCAUCUGGUUGGGCGUGGACCCCGAGGGCGAUUCCGGCCCGGGGGAGCUGGGCCCGUCAAGCUACUUCCUGCGGACGGGGAACCGGAUUCGUGGCGCCAAGGUUUCCCCCAGAAUUAUGAGCAUAUUUCCAAGUGAAUACGUUACUGGCUGA